GACUCGACAUUAAAAUUUAGUUAAACGAAUUUUUAAUUAGAAUUUUUUUUUGAUACAUGAUGAUAUUUGAAAAUAAAAAAUUGAUUAGUAAAGAAAAUCAUGCCUCAAAUUUGGGGUUGUUUUUUAAACACCAGGAUUUUAAGACGAGAGAAUAAUGACUAUGAAAACAAGUCGAAAAGGUGUCCGAUUAAACGAAGCUUGUUAUUUUUGCUAUUAUCCUCCACAUAUACGUAAAAAAAUGUCAAUAAUGAGAAUAAUUCCAAGACAUCUGAUUUCGGAAUCGAGAAAAAAAUUGGAUCACUCAUCGGAAAAUAUGACAAAUUCGAGAAAAUUGGGAAAAAUUAUUUUUAAUCAACAAUCAGAAGAAAUUGCCGUUAUCACUUAUAAUGAACGUUUAAAUUCCGAUAGUACAAUAAUAUCAAAUAAAAUUGAAAAGAAAAGUCAAGAAAUUCAAACUGAUUUAAUUGUAAAUUCUCAACAUUCUCUUCAUAAUGAAAUUAAACAUGAAAUUUCUUCUUCUCAUCGUAAAAUAUCAUUAAACAAUAAUAAAAUUUCACAUAAUCGUAAAUUAUCCUCAAUCAAUAAAAUUUCAUCGGAAGAAAAAAUUUCUUCACAUGAUAAACUAUAUUCAAGGGAUAAAUUUUCUUCAAAGGAAAUGAAAAUUUCUUCACAGGAAUUAGAGAGUGAAAUUUCUUCUAAUUUUCAUGUUAAUUAUAAUUUCUUAUCAUUGCAAGAAAAUUUUUCCGAUCAUAAUAAAUUUAUUGCAUUGUCAAAUAAUAAAAAUUUUAAUUUUCAAAAUGAUAAUAAUGCUGAUGAUAAUGAAAAAAAAAAUUCAUGGUGGCGAAAUUUUUUUCGUCAAUUUAUUGUUGAUUUUUUUCUCCAAUUAUUGGGUAAAAAUACAUCGCGUAAAUCUUCAAAUAAUAUGAAGGAAAAAUUUUUUACUAUUGGAACAAGUACGUCAAAUUAUAAUAAUAAUAAUAAUAAUACUAAUGUUGAUGAUGAUGAGGAAAAAAAUAAUGGCAAAGGUGAUAGAAAAAAAAAUAGUGUAAAAUUAAUAUCCGCUAAUAAUAAAAAGAUUUUAAACUCUUUUGAUGAUGAUGAUAAUAAUGAUGCUCGAACUAAUACAAGAAUUAUGUUAGGAAAAGAGGAGAAACUUUUCUUUGAUUUGAUUCAAUUGACCCAGGAUGAAAAUUUGCGAGCCAUUAUUUUAGAACAGGCAAUGAGAAUGAGAAUUCUCGAGGAGGAAAAUGCACGAUUCAGAAAGAAACUAGCUGAGAAAUUGAAAACCCGACAGAGUAGCAGUCCUUUUUAUUAAGAGAGAGAAAGAAGAUAUAUAAUGAGAUUCUUUUUUUAAGUCCGAAAGUAAAAUAUAUUUUUUUUUUAUUCAAAUUAUAUACUCCAUUAUUAUAUAAUCAAUGAAAAUAUUUCAAUUUUUUAAAUAAAAAAAUAAUAUAAUAUUUUAAAAUUAUUUAAAAUAUAAUUAAAAAAUAAAAAAUUAAUA